AUGGAGAGUAUUCGAAGUGUUCUUUCCAUGGCGCUGAUUGGGAGUUUUUUCAUUAUUCAUCUCAAUAAUGCUCAAGGUCAACUAGGAUUCAUCAGCUUGGAUUGCGGAAUGCCAAGUAGCGAGUCUAGUUAUACCGAAAACAUUACCAGUUUGAUUUACUCAUCCGAUGCUGAUUUCAUCCGAAGCGGAAAAAGUGGCAAAAUCAAAAAUAACGAAUAUGAGUCCUUGAAGCCAUACAGACACCUGAGAUAUUUUCCAGAAGGACAACGGAACUGCUACAAUCUAAUGGUCAUGCAGGGCAAAACCUAUCUUAUAAGAGCUGUCUUCGUAUAUGGAAACUACGAUGGUCUUAAAACUAUGCCCAAGUUUGAUCUCUACAUAGGCCCUAACUUGUGGACAACCAUAGAUUUUCAAGAUCAACUUUCGGAUAUUAGUAAGAUCACAAUGCACAAUGGUAUUGCGGAGGAGGUCAUUCACAUGUCAAAGUCAAACUCUUUGGACAUUUGUCUUGUUUCGACAGGAACAACAACACCAUUCAUAUCAGCCUUAGAACUACGGCCCUUGAGAGAUGAUAGUUAUGCUACUGAAUCUGGCUCCCUGAAGCUCUUAUUCCGACAACGCUUCUCAACUGAUUUUAUGAAAUUUAAUCUCCAGACACGGUAUCCUUUCGAUAUCCAUGAUCGUAAGUGGUAUACAGAGAUAGGCUCGGACUGGACAGAAAUAAACACCAAAGUCAAUGUAACUAGUUUGGAUGCCUUUGAAAUACCACAAUCCGUAAUUUCAAAGGCUGUGACAACCAAAAAUUCUAGUAAGCCGCUGACCAUGAGCUGGAUUCUGCGAAAACCGUACACCCAAGUUGAUGUGUACCUUCACUUUGCUGAUAUCCAAGAUCUCCAGCCCAAUGAUACCAGAGUAUUUAAUAUUUUAUGUAAUGAGCAUACAUAUUUCUCGGAAUAUAGACCUCUAGAGUUCAUGGCAGAGACUUUACCUAUUAAAUCUAUAAAUAUGUGUGAACGUCGUAUUUGCGCAUUGGAUUUGGCCCUCGUAAAAGCUAAGUCAUCAACUCUUCCACCUCUGCUUAAUGCCAUUGAGGCUUUCGGAGUUAUCCAACUUCCUUAUUCAGAAACGGAUGAAAACGACAUAAUUGGAAUCAAGAAAAUCCAAGCUACUUAUAAAUUACACAAAAUCAAUUGGCAAGGAGAUCCCUGCGCUCCUAUACUAUACAAGUGGGAUGGAUUAAACUGCACUAACACUAAUCUAUCUACUUCUCCAACUAUAAUUUCUUUAGAUUUGUCUACAAGUGGAUUAAUUGGUGCCAUAUCUCCUGACAUAAAAAAUUUAAGAGAGCUACAAAAAUUAGAUCUAUCAACUAAUAAUUUGACUGGAGGAGUGCCAGAGUUUUUCUCUAGCAUGGAAUCGUUGACCUUCCUAGACUUGAGUUACAAUAACCUUAGUGGCUCAGUUCCUCAAAGUCUUCGUAACAUGGAAAAGAAAGGUCUAAAGUUAAUUGUUCACGGAAAUCCAAACCUCUGUUUGUCUUCUUCUUGCGAAAGUAAUGGAAAACACGAAAAUAAAAUUCUGGUUCCUGUUCUUGUGACAGUUGCCUUUAUCUGCAUCAUUGCAGUUGUGUUUCUUCUGAUAACUUUCAUUAAUAGAAAGAAGAAGUCAUCGAAAGCUUUACGCCCAUUCAUUGUGGCCAAAAAGAGAAGCUUUACUUAUGGAGAGGUCAAAGAGAUGACAGAUAACUUUGCGAGAGUUAUUGGAGAAGGAGGGUUCGGUAUCGUGUAUCAUGGUUAUUUAAAUCGUGAUGAACAGGUUGCAGCUAAAGUACUCUCUCAAUCCUCAGCUCAAGGCUAUGAGCAAUUUAAGGCUGAGGUAGAACUUCUUCUCAGAGUUCACCACAUAAAUCUAGUAAGUCUAGUUGGCUAUUGUGAUGAAGGAGACCACUUAGUCCUCAUCUAUGAGUACAUGCACAACGAAGACUUAAGGAAACAUCUAUCCGGGGAAUGUGCUAGGCCGCCUUUGAGUUGGAAAAAUAGACUAAGAAUUGCGGCAGAGACUGCACAAGGAUUGGAGUAUCUACAUAUUGGCUGCAAACCACCAAUGAUUCAUAGAGAUGUCAAAUCUACAAACAUACUCAUCGACAAGCACUUCCAAGCAAAACUCGGCGAUUUUGGUCUUUCAAGAUAUUCCCCAAUAGGAUCUAAAACUCACGUGUCAACAAAUGUAGUUGGAUCACCGGGUUAUCUUGAUCCUGAAUAUUACAGAACAAAUUGGUUGACCGAGAAAAGUGAUGUCUAUAGCUUUGGGAUUGUAUUAUUGGAAAUAAUCACUAGUCUGCCAGUGAUUCACCAGACUCGUGAAAAGCCUCACAUAGUAGAAUGGGUGGGAUUUAAGCUAACAAAUGGAGAUAUCGAAAAUAUUGUGGAUCCAAGCCUUGGUGGAGACUAUAGCUCUAGUUCUAUGUGGAACGCUCUUGAACUAGCAAUGUCAUGUGUUACGCCAUCUUCAUCUGGAAGACCAAAUAUGUCUCAAGUUUCUGGUGAGCUAAAAGCAUGUAUUUUCAUUGAAAACUCAAGAAAAGGAGGGACAUCCGACAUUGACCUGAAGAAUUCCAUUGGACCUAGCAUGGGCUUUGGACCCGAUGAGAACCCUGAUGCACGCUAGUUCAUGCCAAGAAUCAUAGUCUAUGUUUUGAAUGAAGAGAAAUUCUUCUAAAGUAAUAUAUUUCUUGUAUUAUAUUUUCUUAAUCUUGAUCAAGAUCA